CUUCACGCAGCCUCGGAUCACAACAGCGCCUGAGAGCAGCUGAGCACUGCGGUGUUUCUGGGCAGCCUUAUUAUCCGUCACCACACUUCUCGGACUUCUCUCUCGUUUUGUUUUUUUUUGUUCCUCGACGACUCUUCACCCCCCCUCCCUCCUCCUCCUCCUCCGCCUCCUGCCUCAUCCUCCUUUAUUUUUACCUCCAUUUUUUAAAUGUUUUCAUGCACAUCUCAAAGGAUUUACACAGAAUUAUAACCACUAAAAAAAAAAAAAAAAAAUGCCAUCCUCUGUCGCCCCGCUGGGAGGACAGCUGGUGCGGUGAUAGCAUCGUGGAGGGGAGGUGGGGGGGGUGAUGCCCUUGACUUGGGGAGGAGGAGGAGUUAGGAGGAGAAGUAGGGGGGGCACCACCACCACCACCACCAGCCUCUAAUGUACCCGAAAGAAGUGAUAUUGUAACUGUGUGAUCUCCCAAUUGGCAGGGGGUGUCAGGGAUGCGGCGCAUGCUCUGCAAGUUCAUUUCGUCCCUGCCAGCCGCGGAGCAGCAGCAGCAGCAGCAGCAGCAGCAGCAGCAGCGUCCUGUUGUGCAUCUGCAGGGAGAUCCCUGGCCCUGGAGCUCCGCUGGUCAGGCUGAGGAGGCCUGAACGGUCUCCACCUUCCGGAUUUAGCUGGUGGCAAGAAGUGUGCAAAUGACAAGAUAAAGAAACCCCAGAGGUUGUCCUGCCUGCGCUGCAGAUAAGCAGAAGCUGUGAGUCUUACUUUCUCAUUGGUUGACGUUGUUGCUUUUUUUUUGGGGGCCUCUUUGUGUGCCAGACUGUAUUUGUGGGAAUAGAUGUUCCUAUUAAUAAUAAAUGUGAUGGGCAGCAGCCCUUGAACUCUUAAGUAGGUUUGGAAGUAGGGCGUUUUUUUUCCCCUGCUAACUUAAAAAAACAUUAAAAACAAGGUGGGAUUGACUGGAAAUAAUGGCCGACCACGAGGAGGCAGAGUUGUCGGAGUCCCUUCAGAAGGAGGAUGGAUUUUCCAGCGAGCAGGAGGAGCCGGGCGCGGACUUCAAAUCUAAAAGUUUGCCUAUUUUAAACGAAGAAGGGCCCCAAGAGGAGACCUUACUGGCCAGUUCUGCGUCCAUAACGGCGGAAGAGAGCGCAGAGUUCAUCCAGCUCCCGGCCAAGACCGAGUCCUUUCAGGCCGAGUCCCCGACGAGAACAAACUACCUGCCCAAGCCGGGGAAGUCGGCGCUGAACAGGCCGAGUUCGUACAUGGAGAACACGGAGAUCCGUAGGAGUAAAAACAUGGCGAGGAGGAAGCCCCCGGGGUUUUUCGCUUCCCGGCUGGCUCAGAUUCGUCUGCCCAGCAGGAAGUACCUGGCCGUCAUCCUACAGGACUCUCGCUGUUUCCUGUUCUGCAUGUGCUACCUGACCUUCAUCCAGUCGCUCAUGGUGUCCGGCUACCUCAGCAGCGUCAUCACCACCAUAGAGAAGAGGUACAGCCUGAGGAGCUCCGAGUCCGGCCUCCUCGUCAGCUGUUUCGACAUCGGGAGCCUCCUUGUGGUCGUCUUCAUCAGCUACUUUGGUGGGCGGGGCCAGAGGCCUCGCUGGCUGGCGGUGGGCGGGGUGUUCAUCGCCGUGGGCGCCGCCCUCUUCUCGUUACCUCACUUCAUCUCGCCGGCCUACCAGAUCCAGGAGGUCAACUCGUCCUCUGGCAACGAGGGCCUGUGCAUGAACAGCAACGCCAGCGGCAGGGACCGCGUCGACAUCACUUCCUGUCCCAGAGACCAGGAGGGCAACGAGCACAACCUGUACGUGGCGCUGUUCGUCAUCGCGCAGAUCCUGGUGGGCAUGGGAUCCACGCCCAUCUACACGCUGGGACCCACCUACCUGGACGACAACGUGAAGAAGGAGAACGCCUCGCUGUAUCUAGCCAUCAUGUAUGUGAUGGGAGCACUGGGUCCAGCGGCUGGAUACCUGCUGGGAGGAGUCCUCAUCGGCUUCUACGUGGACCCGAAGACUGUUGUCAAUAUCGAUCAAAGCGACCCCCGCUUCAUCGGCAACUGGUGGAGCGGGUUCCUGCUGUGCGCCGUGGCCAUGCUGCUGGUCAUAUUCCCCAUGUUCACCUUCCCCAAGAAGCUGCCACCCCGACACAAGAAGAAGAAGAGGAGAAAAAAGGUGAGCCUGGACGACCUGUCCAGCGACGACGACGUCCUCAAGGAGAAGAGCAACAACAAGAGCCAGACGGUCACCUCAUCCAUGGGCUUCGGAAAGGACAUCAAAGACCUGCCCAAAGCAGCAGUGAGGAUCCUGAGCAACGUGACCUUCUUGUUCGUCAGCCUGUCCUAUACGGCAGAAAGCGCCAUAGUCACAGCUUUCAUCACCUUCAUCCCCAAGUUCAUUGAGUCUCAGUUCGGCAUCCCAGCCUCCAGCGCCAGCAUCUACACCGGUGUGAUUAUUGUGCCCAGCGCCGGCGUGGGCAUCGUCCUGGGCGGCUACAUCAUUAAGAAGCUGAAGCUGGGAGCCCGCGAGUCGGCCAAGCUGGCUAUGAUCUGCAGCGGGGUCUCCCUGCUCUGCUUCUCUACGCUGUUCAUCGUGGGCUGCGAGAGCAUCAACCUGGGAGGAAUUAACAUCCCCUACACCACCGGACCUACUCUCACCAUGACCCAGAGGAACCUGACAGGAGGUUGUAAUGUGAACUGUGGCUGUAAAAUCCACGAGUACGCUCCGGUCUGCGGCUCCGAUGGCAUCACGUACUUCAACCCCUGCCUGGCCGGCUGCAGCAGCGUCGCCAACGACAGCACCGGGAUUCGUAACUACUCGGACUGCGCCUGCGUCCAGAGCCGGCAGGUCAUCACGCCGUCGUCCAGCGGUCAGGGCAGCAACCAGCUGCAGCUCGUCAUCGUCAAGACCUACCUGAACGAGAAUGGCUACGCCGUGUCGGGGAAGUGCGACCGCACCUGCAGCACCCUCAUCCCCUUCCUCAUCUUCCUCUUCAUCGUCACGCUCAUCACUGCCUGCGCCCAGCCCUCCGCCAUCAUCGUCACCCUCAGGUCUGUAGCGGAGCAGGAAAGACCGUUUGCUCUGGGAAUGCAGUUUGUUCUCCUCAGGACUCUCGCCUACAUCCCGACACCCAUUUACUUUGGCGCCGUCAUCGACACCACCUGCAUGUUGUGGCAGCAGGACUGCGGCGUCCACGGCUCCUGCUGGGAGUAUGACGUCACCUCCUUGCGCUUCGUCUACUUCGGCCUCGCCGCCAGCCUCAAGUUCCUCGGCUUCUUCUUCAUCUUCCUCACGUGGUACUCCAUCAAGUACAAGGAGGAGCGGGUGGAGCGCUGGCUCAAGCGCCACCUGUCGCCCGUUGACACCGUGGGCAGCCUCGUCUGCCACCCGGGUGGCCACAAGGGCCACGCCCGCACCCGCUCCUGCCCCGUCAACAUCCCCCGAACCGACCCCAACGCCCUGCACGCUAACGCUCCGCCACGCGCCGGAGCCCUCAACCGCGGUGUCAGCACCCAGAGUUGCCCUGGCAAUGAGCUUAAAGCAAUAACUCCUCCUCCUCCGGCCACGCCGUCUCCUGCACCGCCACCUGCCCCCGCGCCGGCCCGUUCGCUGGAACACGUUUCAGUCCGAGUCUGAGUUUCAGAAGGGGGGUGGGCGAUGAGGCAGGUCUCACCCACUGACAUUUCUUUUAUUCUGAAAUCCAGUCAGCUGGAUUUUAGCUGCUGUCAAAGGCACCAAUCAUCACGUGGGGGUCCUGCUCUCAUCUCAUAACUCUUGUUGGCUGGUAAAACACUCAAAGUGGCUUUUAAGUUUCGUCUUCACCGAAAAAACCAUCACCUGGAUGUCCUGAUUUACUCAGAACCUCCGGCCCGAUGAUGAAAAGUCAGACUAAUCUGGGGACCAACCAGCCCGGAGACCCUCCUCUGACAUGAAAAAAAAUCUGCUUGGUUGGUGAAAAUUUUGAAAGCGGCCUCAUGUUUUCUUUGUGAUCCACCAGCCGGCGCAACAAGCGGACAAAGGCUUAGCUUCCCCACUUUGGAUGUAGGAGAGUUCAUCGCUCAUAAACCCCACCUGCCCCCCGCCCUCCCUCACCUCACCUCACCUCACCUCGGCAAUAUGUGCCUUCUGCCACCACGUUCCUCACAUGUACAGCAUACGUACAAACACACACACACACACACUGACACACUGGACGUCCCGCAGACAGACUGUGGUCACCCUGUAGGAAUAAGAGUCACCUGAACAGAUACCUCAGCUUCGUCAGUCCUACGGCUUCCCCCCUUCACCUCUCUGUCUGUGUGUGCUUCUUCUUCAUUUGUGUUUUUAUUUCUUCACCAUCAUGCGGGCGAUUUUUUUUUUGUUUUCCGGACACUGCAUAUCGGCGCUCUCACGGAACAAAACAAAGAAAAAAAGAAAAAAAAAACCUAUGGAAAUGUGAUACACUGCAAUUAAGUGUUAGAAACUGGAAACCGAUGGCAUGGUGCUAUGUGAAAAACAAUGUUUAGUGUCCUUUUUUUUGGUUUGUUCUUUUUGGUCGUUUUUUUGGGGUUAAAAGCACUUGAAAAGAACCCAACUGGACAACAGGUCACUGGGCUAAUAAGCAGCUUGGCACGCACAGAAUGCAUUCCUGUCCGAUGCAAGGCCUUUUGUUGCUCCCCUGACACAAUGACGCGUAGUAUUACCGCUGGAAGUCGGAUUGUUUUGGCUUUUGCCAGCUCCAUACAAUGCAUCCAUACAUCCGAGCUGUUUCCCCUCCUGACUGCCACCCUGAUAAGUGGUUUAACCUGAAAAGGAACAGGAUCGGCAUUUUCCUCCUGACCACAUUCCUGGCUGUCCUUCCACACGUCUGGAAGAAUACAGAACGGGAAAAACUACGCCUGAAGACGUUUUUCGAGGUCGGACUGGGAAGGCGUUCUUAAACGGACUGUAUUUCUGACUACUUAACAAGUCUCAAUGAGAGAUAAUCAUCUACCAACAGCAACAUCUGUACUGAACAUGUAGGCAGACGUAGUCGACCAUCAACGUAGAGGUCAUAGUGUAGUUGUCUAUUCUUCGUCAGCUCCGGAAAUUAAAGCUGCUGGGGAAUUUUAGGGAUUGGAUCCUGGGUAGAAAGUUAGUUUCUCGCCCUGCGUCAUAUUGGUUAAUUGUUAAACAGUAGUCCCAAUGAUUUAUGGGUAAUGAGCUUCUUGCCUGAGAGAAUAGGAUUUGCGGUUUUCUUUGCCACAUUCCAGACCAGACAACAGUUUGCAUACAAGUUUAAAGUGUGGAAAACAAAAGGAAGGCAACAGUUUUCCAGGUUGAAAAAAAAAAAUUGAGAAAUUUUAGCAAAAUCACUGGUAAUGUACCCAAAAGGCUACCGUUCACUGUCGAGCUGCAGCUUAUGAUUGUUUUCUUAAUCUAUGAAUCUACUUAUUAUUCUUUAAAAUGAAUUAAUUAAUUACUUAAUCUAAAAAAAACAAACUAAAAAAUAAGUGAAAAAAAAUAAUUCCCAUCACAGUUCAGAGCCCAAAGUGUGACGUCUUCAAAUGUCUUGUUUUGCUUCAAAAUCCAGAGAUUUUUCAGUUUUGAGUGAUUUUAUAAAACAGAAAAACACAGAAAAUGCUCACAUUUACAUAAAUGUUAAGUGUUUUUUGCUUGAUAAAAUGUUACAUUAUGUCAGUCGACUGAUCUCUAAUCAUUCCAACAUUAGAUCAGUCCCCAGUAGUUCAAGUAGUUAAUGUGCAGAAUGAGUCAUUAUUACACUGUGAAAGAAAUCUCCAUCGUAUCAGGUAGUUCUUUGUCUGUUAUUGAGCUCUAAAGAUUUCUUGGUGGAAAAAAAUUUGCCAGAGAAGAAAAAUCUUUGCAGCCUGUUCUUAAAUACAAGUACAUUUUUCGUAGCUGAUCUGGAGCUUUCGACAGCAUCACAUGAUCUUCAUCAGCAGUUGGUAGUUUGCCCCCGUUUUCUCCGAGCACUUUAAGGAUUUCUCGUCCCUCUUUGCUCAGACGUCGAGGUUCAUUCUUGGACCUCAGGAAACAGCAGUUGACGAAACACUAGGUCCAUUUAGUAAUUGCUCUGGAGUCUCCAGUCAUAUCUCAUGAGCUUCAUCAGAAGAAACCAACCGUCAAGUGCACAAAAUCCAUGACGAUUGGACAAACUGUAUGUCUGCUGAUGAAGAUCGUGAGAUGUGAAUGAAAGUUUCUAGAACAGCUGGUGAGAUUGUUUCUUAAACUCACAACUCAAAAGGUCAUAAAUAAACUUUGAAACUCAAAAAAAUCAACUUGUUUCAAAGUUUUAUCUCUGUUUUAAAAGGAGACUGAUUUCACCGCACUGGCAGAUUUUAUUCUCUUAUUAAGAUCUUCAGGACUCAGUAACAAACACAAAGACCUCGAUUAGAUGAGUUUUAUUGCAGUGUAGUGGACGUCACACCAAAAUCUCUACUUUUUUUAAAGGUAAUCUGGCAUUUGGAGAAAGAAAGAUGCAUUAUAAUUAUUUUUAUGUUUCAGCUGUUACAAUUCAACCACAUUUAAAUCUUCUAAAAUUCUAAAAUUAGUUAGUUGGUAAAAUAGUGAAAAGUUUGAGAUUUAGCAGCCUAUGGAAGCAAAGAAAUGCCGUAAUAAUUUGAGUUUUUAUAUCCAACUAAACACCUGAUUGUAAAGUUGAACCACUACUGAAUAACUUAAUGUUUGUGGUUUGAAUUCACAUCUUUAAAAACUUGCAAAGGAAACUUAUUUUUUCUUUUUCACAAACUUUUUCUAAUUUUCACCUUAAUUGUGAAAUUUAUUUGAAUUUUUUAAUUUGUUUUUUGAAUAUUCGACACACGUUUGAGUCCUGAAACAAACAUAAUUAUUCACUAAUGGUUCCAUUUCACACUUAGAUCCUCGGUCACUCAUAAGAAUCAGAUUAUUAAGGCGGUCAUUUGCUUCCACUGUUGUUUCGGGGGUGAUAUUUUCCGAUUAUCCCCGAAAUUCAUGUGACAUUUUAAAGGGUUAGUCCAAGGCAUUUCUGAGCUGUGAGAACUUGAGUAACACGUUAUGCAUUUUUUUUAACAACUUAAAGCAGUAUUAUUUCCUAAUAAUCCACUUAUUUCCUUAAGAGCAGCCUCAUGACAGGCAGUGUUACAGCAGUGAUGCUCAGAUCGUAUUUGUCUGACUUUCUGUUACAAAUGCCUCAUUUGCACAGUUUCUUUGCCCCUGCUGACCCUGAAUCUUCAGACCUUAAUGAAGACACUGUGUUUGGGACGGUGGUGCUGCCUGUGGAGGUUCAGUGUUACAUGUACUGUAUAUACAUAUAUAUAUAUAUAUAUAUAUAUAUAUAUACACACACAUACAUACAAGAUGCAGUAGUCAUGUGCUGUUGGGUCAGUCGUUGUCCUCUGAGGACACCUGCUGGGUAGAUAUGGAACAGCAUUUAGAGAUUGUCCCAGACCGGUGGACACAAACAAAAAAAAAAAAAUGUUAACAGGAGGAAAUGUUCUAAUUAGCUGGUUUACAUACAGCCUGUGUCUCAUGCAGUCUGUAUUUUUACCUUUGAGACUCUUGAAUUGAUGAUUAUGUGGAGAUUGCUCUAGUUUAACCAUCAGUUAAUCUGCUGAUUAUUUUAUGGAUUAAUGGUUAAUAGUUUUGAAUAUAAAAGUCAGAAAAUAGAGAAAAAUGCCUGUUACAAUGUCCUACAAUGUCCAUGUUGAUGUCUUUUAAAAAAAUUUUUUUGUCCAACCAUCAGUCCAAAAGCCAAAAAUAUUCAGUUUACUUUCACAGAAGAUUAAGACAGCCAGCAAAUCUUCACAUUAGAGAAGUUGCAACUCUAGUUAGAACUGUAAAACCCAGCAGGUCAUUAGUUUAAUUCCUUAAAAGACUAUUUUAUCUGGUUUAAAGAAAGUAAAACUGAACCUGUUUACAACCAAAUGAAAAUGGGGCGACCAACCUAUAAGCAGUAGAGACAUAUAGGAGCAGUUCAAGUUGAUACAUACAUUAAUGGACACCUCAUAAGUAACUCCUUAUAACUUCAUUAAAGUGAGUUAUAAACCAAUUUUUAAAUUGUUUAUAUACUCGUAAUAAUGCUCAAUAAUACCAGUGGCAAUACAAUAUCAGUUAUUGGUACUGAUACAUAAGCAAAACUUUUUCAGUACCUUAAUUUCAGGAAUAUAAACAUAAACAAAAUAUUCCAAACUUCUCUACUAAUGUUGUUAUUUUAAUGAAGUUAAUAUUCACAAAUUCUUAUAAAUCUUCUAACUCGCGUUGGUAAUGUUUUCUUUUUUUGCUCCAAAAAAUGACAAUUAACAGCAAUUAAUUAAAAUAGUUGUACAUUCAUUUUCUGUCAACUGAUCGGAUAACAGCCUCCUCAAUUCAGCUCUACUUAACACAUUUAACUGUACUGGAACUUUUCCUAUAUAAUGUCUAAAAAAUUAAAUUACACUCCUAAUUUCCUGAGUUUUCAAAUGAUCUGAUCCAGUAAGUAAGAAUCUGAACAAGCACUUGAUGCUGUCGAUACUCGACAGUUUCAAUGCCGAAGUCAGUAAUUAGAAGGUAACUCCUUUCAACCAAAGGUCCAUUUAAUACAAAUUUUUUUUGUUCUAUGUUUUAUUUUGUGUGCAGUUACAAUUACAGGAGAGUCCAUCAAGUGGACGGCACCUUGUGAAACUGGAUAAAAACUGUGCAGCAGACGAAAGAGUCUUUUAGGAUUUCGGAAACGUCUGCGUUGUCAGACGACCUGCUGGGGUUUUCAGACGGUUCCGGAGUCUCAAAUGUAAAGAAAAACAACAACAACUAUAAGAUGAGAGACACAAGUUUGAGCUGAUGUUUUUCGGGUUUCAAGGUUCCCGUGAAACAAACUUAAUCCUGCAAAAGAAAAAAAAAAUAAACUGAAAUUUGGUGCUUGACGUUCUACAGAUAAAGAUUAACUCACAAGAUGUUUUUGUGGUACGUAGAGGACAAUAAUCGUACAUAAACCGGUCUGUCGGUUGAGGAGAAAAAACUCUUGAGGGACGCGAAUGAACCGCUUUACCAUAAAUUAAAAAAAAAAAAAAAGAGGGAAUGUAGUCGGUGAUCAAUCCAACACCUGCCAACAAGCGGUGAAGAAGAAAACUUGACGCAUGGUUUCAGUACUCAACACAGUAGAGACAGUAGACUAGAGUAGAAACACACAUUCCAUUUUCAUAUAAAGAACAACGAAUACAAAACCACGAUGAACUCCGGUGUGGAUCUGUGUAGUGUUAGUGAAGCACUGAGGUUCUCGUCCACCCUUUACGUUCUGUUAUCUCUGUGCCUACGUUUCACUUUUCGUUCACGUGACGCCUCCUGUUCAGCCGGUGUCGCCGAGAGGAUGAAAUGUCGAGUCCACCCUUCCUGAUCCGUAAACCUUCAGAAGGUCGCUACAAGCUUGUUGGGGGUAACACUUAAUUAGAUCAAUAACAAGAUUAAUUUGAUUUAGUUAAAGAAUAAGGCUCAACAAAUCCCAUUAUAAGACCAAAACCAACAAUGUCUCUCAAUACUUACUGACUUCCAGUCUGUCAGCUCCAAGUUCCCAUUAAAGACAUAAAUCUUUACAAAGAAAAGAAACAUCUCACAAAUAUAUAGUUUGAUUUCUCAUUCAUUUCUUAAAACAGUUGCUCACUUUAGUUUUUAUCAAAUGUUACUCAUACAGGAGUAACUUUAUUGGGGACUAUUUUCCGAGGCGGAUUAAUCCACAUUUAGUGGCUAAACAAAAGAAAGAAAACAAUAAAGGAAACGUCUCGCCCAGUAUCGGUUCAACUCUGACUAGCUUGCUUAGCAGAUGAAGCCCAAAUCCACCUUUUUAAAACCUUGUCACAUCUGGUUUUAGAGGAGGAACUCUGUGUGCCAGAGUCGCUUCACGUUAAUGUCAGAAAACUGCCAAAUGUGCCGACACUCGGUUGCAAUUGACGUACCUCAAAAGGCUCAAAAAUAUAAUGUCCAGUUACUGUUAGUAAGCUUUUAAGGUGCGUAAGAGGUUGAUAUCUGAUAUCCAUCUUCUCAGCUCACUCUCAGAAAUAAAGUCAGUCCCAAAGUGCUGAACUAUUCCUUUUAAAAAACGUUUUAAAACUUCAACCUGUUUCAUCAUAAUAUACUCAAUAUAUUUUGUCCAAAAAUCCCCCAAAAACUUAUAAUUUUGUUUAAUUACCUGCUUCUCCAAUGACCUGACCUUUUUGUAGGAGCAAUUUAGCAAAAUUAAGCUGUAAAAAAAAAAAGCCAGUAUUUUUGACACAUUUUGUGUUUUUAACUAGUUUAAAGUCCCCCAGUAUCCUUAAAGUCCAACAACACACAGUUUUAAGUAUUUUAAAGAUGAGGUUUACAAUCAGUCAUUCAGGUGUUCUCACCAUUUCAUCCUCCUGUUGUUGGAGUUCCUCUGAAUCCUCUGAUAUCUGUGGACACCAGCUCCAGGAUUUUACUGCGUCACUAGUUGUUUUUAUCCUCCUCUGCUCCUUUCCGCCUCCUCUCUGAGCCAAAGGAGUCGUUUACCUCCCUGUGUCGUGUGGUCGUUUUCAUGUAGUAAUGUGGCAUCAUGUAUCAUUUCCAGACUGUGACUGCAGACAAAAGACUGAAUCUGGAUCUGUAUGAGCUCCUUCAGGCAGAUAUAGGUUAGGAUAUUCUCAGUUUUACUUUCUUCUACUUUUUUUUUUGUAAAAUCAGUGUUGUAUUUAUUUCAAAAGGACAGUGUUUUUUCGACUGACUGAAAGGCCACACUGAUGAGAGGCAAAAUGUAGAUUUGUGGACGCACUGUUUACAAAUGCCUUGGAUACUUGACUUCUGUCAAUAAAAAUGUGAAAAAAUAAUAAAACAGUAUUACAGAAA